AUGCCUGAAGAACAAAGUAAACAAUGGGGCCAUCUCAUUUCGUCCUGGACAACUACGUCAUUCACAUUGCCGCGUUUACUGACUGACCAUACGUACUCCAUCGAAGGAAUAACACUCCUUCGACGGCUCUCUUCCUCAAAAUCGAGGUUGGCUCCUCUCAACAAAGCAAUAACCAUACCUCGACUUGAACUCGCAGCCUUGAUGACCGGAAACAAGGAAUUGCCAAUUUUUGAUCGCAUUCGGGUCAAAAUCAUUCAGGACGACACAUCGGAUGUGAUCGUCCGACAUAUUCCCGGACAUCUGAAUCCCGCUGACAUCGGAGCUCGCGGAGCAACCACACACGAGUUACUGAGUUCUACACGCUGGUGUGACUGA